CGGAUCCUUGGUCAAAGUGCACGGCUCGAGCGGAAGUAGUCGCACAUUGCCCUGCUGCAGCCAGGAUCUUCACUGUGUGUUCAACCAGUCCAUCGGAAGCUCAGCACAAGUACGGCACUGUCGCUAGACAUCCGGAGUAGGAUCCAGUAAACAGAAGCUGGCCACAUGAUUUGUGUACUACUGGUUGCCGGCCACGGCACACGUUUACAGACUGAAAUAAAGCAGAAUGAUGAUACCGGCAUGUACAGCCAUCUAAUUGGCGUACCAAAGACCUUGCUUCCUGGCAUUGGAGGAAAGAAGAUUUUGGACUUUUGGUGGAAAACUAUCAACUUGCGUCAGUUAUUUACAGAAGUGUAUCUCGUCACUAAUGCAGACAAAUAUAAGCAUUUUGAGCGCUGGGCCACAGCCAAUGAUUUCCCAGUGGAAAACAUCAUCAAUGAUGGCAGCACCACAGAGGAGGACUGUCUUGGCGCUGUGGCUGACCUGGAGUUGGCCAUACGUAGUCGCAAGCUGCAAGAUGACAUCAUCGUGAUAGCGGGAGACAUGUUGUGUGCCGACCAAAACUUUGACAUCACUCAAGUGAUCCGUUUUUUCCGUUCAAAGCCUGGAGAACUGCUUAUUUACUAUGAGAUGGAGGAAAGCGAGAAAAGCAACUCCAGGGGCAUUGUGGAAGUCUGUCCUGAUUCCCAUCGAAUCACUCGUUUCUGGGAGAAACCCCAGGAAGGACUCACAUCUUCCCGUCUGGCCAGUGUGGUGUUUUACUGCAUCCAGAGAGAGAGUCUGCCCUUGCUGUCUGAGUUCACAAGUCAGAUGGAAGCCACAGACAGGUCCUUUGGAAGAUUCUGGGAGCAUAUUGUCAACCAGAAUCUGCUUGAUGUGUUUGGAAUGAAGCUCCCAACUGGAUUCCAGCUAAUUGGACAAGUGGGUCUGUCAGAUUACACCAAGUGGCUCACCCGAUUCUCCAACAAGGAGCAGGACAAAUCUGACAGAUCAAUCACGUUUCGGUCUUUUGCCAGGGUUGGAUUAAUGGGAAAUCCAUCAGACUGCUUUAACGGGAAAACCAUCGCCAUGACGAUCAUGAACUUCUGGGCCGAGGUCACCCUUGUGAAAAGCCAAAGUUUGGUCCUCGUUCCUCAUCCUCUUAACGACCCCACCGAGUUUGGAAGCUUACAAGAUUUGUUCAGUAUCAGUCGGAAAGAGGGUUACUUUGGGGGCCUGCGGCUGCUGCAAGCGACCUGUAAGAAAUUCUACCAGUUCUGCUGCCAACAAGGCAUCGCAUUGACAAAGCAGAACUUCACAUUGAAGUAUGACACAAACAUUCCACGACAAGUGGGCCUUGCUGGGAGCAGUGCCAUUGUCUCAGCCACCCUGAAGUGUCUCAUGAAAUUUUACAACCUCACAGAUGAUGAUCUCCCAAAGCCAGUCCGAGCCAACUUUAUUCUUAAUGUGGAAACUGACGAACUCUUCAUUACUGCAGGCCUUCAAGACAGGGUUGCGCAGGUCUACGAAGGUUUAGUUUACAUGGACUUCAGCAAGAAGGUCAUGGAAGAGCAGGGUUACGGGAACUACAUCUCCAUGGAUAUGAGUGGCCUACCUCUAUUCUGGUUGGCCUACUUGAGUGACCCAAGUGACUCAGGGCGUAUUCAUAACAACAUCCGACAACGCUGGCUCAAUGGGGAUACUCUUGUGGUCGAAGCCAUGCAGACCUUUGCUCAACUUACUGAUCAAGCCAGGGUGGCUCUCAUGGAAAAAGACUGGAACUGUCUGGCACAACUAAUGGACCACAACUUUGAGCUAAGGAGGUCUGUGUACACCGAUGAGUGCCUUGGUCCUGGCAACCUCAAGAUGGUGGCGUUAGCAAAGGAGUUUGGCUCAGCUGUGAAGUUACCAGGCAGCGGAGGGGCAGUGGUAGGAUUGUGCCUAGACCCAGAAAAACUGGAGCCGAUGAGACAAGCUUUCCAAGAGGCCGGCUGUGUUUUCUGUGUCAUCAUUCCGUACAACCCAUCUGUCAGCGCUGUCAGCAGUCAACCGUGACCGUCAAGCUGCUCAAGGCCAACACGGGUCACUGGAGGAUUAUCAAUCAAAAUAAAUGCUAAUGUUGUAUGAAAA